AUGUCGUUUCCCACAGAUCCCCGAGAAGAGAAGAGCAUCACCCAUGCGGCAUUAGGCGACGGAGACGUGGGCAAGACGACGCUCCCACAAUGGCGGCUGCUGAUGAACGAGUAUCUAGCAGGCACCGUCGGUGGCAUGGCAGGCCUCGUAGUGGGCUACCCGUUCGACACUGUCAAAGUCCGUUUGCAGAACCCGGAGACGGCGGGCAAGUACACGCACGGGAUCUGGAGUACGUUUGGGAGGAUAGUCGCUGAGGAGCGAUUCCUCGGGUUGUUCAAAGGAAUCGCAUCACCUAUGGCAACCCUCGCGCCUCUAAACGGGCUGGUCUUCGGCGGGUACGGCUACUUCCUGCGACUCCAGUCCUCCGCCUCUGGUCAAGUACCCACCCUCUGGCAAGUAACUGUAGCCGGCACGCUCACAGGCAUCGCAGCAUCGACGAUCACCGCCCCCACAGAGCUGAUCAAGAUCCGUCAACAGACGCUUAUUUCCACUGGCAUCCCAUCCACCUGGUCCGUCGUCCGCACCAUCUACUCCAAACACGGCAUCCCAGGGUUGUACAGAGGGAUAACAGCAACGGUGCUCCGCGACGCCGGGUAUGGGCCGUAUUUCCUCGCCUACGAACUGACGACCCGCCUCUCCCCCUCCUCCCCUGUCACACCCCUCUUUGCAGGCGCCAUAGCCGGUAUCAUAGGCUGGACAGCGACCUUCCCGCUAGACGUGCUCAAAACCCGCAUCCAGUCGUUCGACGCAGACGGUUCAGGCCCAUACAGGAGCACGUGGAGCACCGCCGUCCAUAGCUGGCAAGAAGAGGGCUGGGGAGUGUUUUGGCGCGGUCUUUGGCCUACUGUCGUCAGGGCUGUACCUGUUAAUAUGGCGACUUUUGGAGCGUUUGAGUUGGCGUUGAGGUAUUUGGCGUGA